ACUGUUUCUGGUAUGUCGGAUAUGGAUUAUCCUUUGCAAGGACCAGGUUUGCUGUCAAUACCUAAUCUUCCAGAGAUCAGCUCAGUCCGCAGAGUCCCACUUCCCCCAGAGCUAGUGGAGCAGUUUGGGCAUAUGCAGUGCAAUUGUAUGAUGGGAGUAUUUCCAGAAAUCAGCAGAGCUUGGCUGACCAUAGACAGUGACAUUUUUAUAUGGAACUAUGAAGAUGGGGGAGAUCUGGCUUAUUUUGAUGGCCUUAGUGAAACUAUUCUUGCAGUGGGUCUUGUAAAGCCAAAGGGAGGUAUCUUCCAGCCUCAUGUACGACACUUACUUGUUCUGGCUACCCCCGUGGAUAUUGUGAUUUUAGGACUCAGUUGUGCUAAUAUACAAGCAGGUGCUGGAUCGCUCAAUGACAGUAUGUCUGGCGGAAUGCAGCUGCUACCAGACCCUCUCUAUUCGCUUCCUACUGACAAUACUUACAUUCUGGCAAUAACAUCCACUGAUAAUGGGCGUAUCUUUUUGGCUGGAAAAGAUGGCUGCUUAUAUGAAGUAGCAUACCAGGCUGAAGCAGGCUGGUUUAGCCAGCGCUGUAGAAAAAUCAAUCAUUCGAAGAGCGCGCUGUCUUUUCUUAUUCCUUCAUUACUACAGUUCACAUUCUCAGAGGAUGAUCCUGUAGUUCAAAUUGCCAUUGACAACUCUCGAAACAUCUUAUACACCCGCUCGGAAAAAGGAGUGCUGCAAGUUUAUGAUUUGGGACAAGAUGGUCAAGGGAUGACCAGGGUUACUUCUCUUUCACAAAAUGCUAUAGUUUCUGCUGCUGGAAGCAUUGCCAGAACAAUAGAUCGUUCUGUAUUUAAGCCUAUUGUUCAAAUAGCAGUGAUUGAAAAUUCUGAAUCUAUAGACUGUCAGCUAUUAGCAGUCACACAUGCAGGUGUCCGACUGUAUUUUAGUACCUCACAAUUUAAACAUCCAACAGCUCGUCCCUCCAUGUUAACCUUGGUUCAUGUCCGUUUGCCACCUGGUUUUUCAGCUUCUUCUAACGUGGAGAAGCCCGCAAAGGUUCACAGAGCUCUUUAUAGCAAAGGGGUCCUGCUGAUGGCAGCUUCAGAAAAUGAGGAUAAUGACAUCCUGUGGUGUAUCAAUCAUGAUUCUUUCCCUUUUCAAAAGCCAAUGAUGGAAACACAGAUGACCACCCGUGUUGAUGGACAUUCCUGGGCUCUUUCUGCUAUUGAUGAUUAUAAAGUUCAGAAGAUCAUAACACCACUUAACAAAGACCUUAUUCCAAUAACUGAUUCACCUGUUGUUGUGCAGCAACACACGCUGCCACCUAAGAAGUUUGUUCUGCUUUCAGCCCAGGGAAGCUUUAUGUUUCAUAAAUUCAGACCUGUCGAUCAGCUGCGGCAUCUGCUUGUUAGCAAUAUAGGUGGAGAUGGAGAAGACAUUGAAAGAUUUUUCAAGUUGCAUCAGGAGGAUCAGGCCUGUGCCACUUGCCUUAUCUUGGCCUGUUCCAAUGCUGCAUGUGAUAGAGAAGUGUCUGCAUGGGCUACUCGAGCAUUCUUCAGGUAG